AUGUUUUCGCAGGCGAAGGUCCUGCUCCCGGGGUACCGGCGGGCGGCGAAGGAGUUGGCAGAACGCCAGCAGCUGGAGUUAGAGUUCGCGGCCUACAAGUGGAAGAUGGCCGUGGGGGGCGUCGCCUUCACGGUCUUGAUCCUGAUCCUGGUCCUGAGCAUGGUGAUACUGCUGCGGUGGUGGGGUAAGCACCAAGCGGACCGUGAGUCCGCCCUGGUGCGCACCGUUGAGGAAUCAAGGGCAGAAACUGCUACAGCCAACGAGAAGACAACGCGUUUCGAAGCCCAGAGAGACACGGCACGCUCAGCCUGCUAUGAGUUCCAGCUGGCUGUUGUCGAGAACAGGGCAGACUCCCACAGGGCUAGCGCCGAAUCGGCGCGAGUCAAAACCCAGCUGCAGACAAGGACGAAGCUGUUAAAAAGGACGGAAGCCGAGAAGCAGAUGGCACGCUCGGCCUGCUACGAGUACCAGCUGGAGGGAAUCCACAACCGGCAAGACGCCAACAGGGCGAGCAUGGCGUUGGCGCAGGCCGAGCACGACUUGCAGAAAAUGACCGAGGUGGUAGCCCGGUUCAACGUCCAGACCCAGGAAUGUCGGUCCUCGCUGCAGUCGGCGAGGGAGCAGAUGGCGAGGGAUUCUGCUCAGACGGAGGCGGUCGAGGAGGCUACCCGCAAGGCAGCAACGCAGGGGAAAGAGACGGGGCCUCAAGCCCAGCAGCAGCUUGUUGCCGAGGGUUCGCACGCGUCCACGGCCAGCGAGCUGGACGAGGAAGGGUUCGGCCUGCGGCACAUGGAGGAGGCGAUGCUUCGGUCCAUGGAGGAGGUCAAGCAGGACGGGAGGUGUGACCCGCGACAGGGGAAUGUUUCAUCAGCACCGUGGGCCAAGGCGACAGCAGCACCGGCGAGGAGGAGGAGGGAGAAGAAGAAGGAGCCCCCCCCCACAGCGUCAACCAACCGGUGGGCAGUUUUCGCCGAAGACGAGGAUGACGACGACGAGGACGAGGGCAAGGGAGCAGAAGGAGCAACGCCCGCCGACGCCACGCCCGCCACGUCGCCCCCCGGCAGGGGCCGAACCCGCGGCAAGUCGCCGAGCCCGAGUCGCCGACGGGCCAACAAUGGACGCCAAGACUCCUAG